GCAACUUAUCUGUUUUAGGGAAGUCCCUCUAGCGCUCCAUGCAAUCGAACCUGAUGAAUAAGAUAAUAGGAGUAUAUUUGUCAGACAGACUUUGCUCGAAGCAAAAGAAUAGGUUAUAUAAGGCUGUCAAGAUUGAACCGUAGCAGCAAUCCAACACUCAACUCAUCACGCCAUCGCUCUUGCCAAUAUCCGCCACGAGUACAAUUCACGUCUCUAUCAUCAAAGCCAACCCACGAAAGCACGCGACCUACGAGACAUUUGGGUGACAUCACAUCUUUCCAAAGGCAAUGUCCUCUACACAGACACAUCUCGCAGUGGCCACGCCCGGGCCCAGGGAGCCUUUGAUCCUGAUUCAACGCCCCACUGUGUCGCCAUCAUCUGACGAAAUACGUGUCCGUGUCGAGUGGGUAGUAUCAACACCACUGGACCUGCACCAAGCCGAUGGGGGGCUGCUAGUGAAGCAUCCGCAGGUUCUGGGUGACUCCCUCGCAGGCACAGUCGUCGAGGUCGGGGACCAAGUGCAGAGUUUGAAGGUCGGAGACAAGGUGUUUGGCUUUGUGUGGAGCAGUGAUCAGGAGAGAGCGCAACAGACGUACGUCACGGCGCCGCACUGGAAGUUCGGGAAGAUUCCGGAGGGAUUCUCUAUGAAGGAAGUCGUGACACUUCCCAAUAAUUUCGUUACUGCGUGGCAUACAUUUACCACCGACCUUGGAGUUGAGCUUCCCUGGCCGAAGCCGGAAGGAUACAGUCCUUCCGAUGCAGACAAGCCAAUUUUGAUCUGGGGAGGAUCCUCCUCCGUUGGGCAGUAUGCGAUCCAGAUUCUCAAGUACUACGGAUACAGGAACAUCAUUGCGACGGCGUCGCAACGGCACCAUGAAGAGCUUCGGGGUCUGGGGGCCAAGGUUGUUUUCGACUACAGGAAUGAAGGAGUAGUAGACCAGAUCCUGGCAACAGGCAAUGAGCAGCAGGAAAACAGCAUCCCGCGCAUCCUGGAUUGUAUUGGAAGUGUGGAAGGGAGUAUAAGACCGAUUAGCGGCAUUGCUAAGAGCGGCACAACAGUUGCCAUUCUACUGCCGGUCAUCGUGCGCCAUGCCAGCGAUGCUGAAGCUCCCAUCUACGGGAUGGAUGUAGGCGCAGCCGCCGAGUGGAAGGACGGAGUUAAGGUCAGGGGUGUGCGAACGCACUUUUAUGCCGACAACGAAUUCCAUAAGUAUCACCUACAGCCGGAAAUCAUGCCCGCCCUACUGAAAGAGGGGAUCGUGAAGCCGAACGCUCAGAAACUUGUCGAUGGAAAGGACAUGCUGGAAAGGGCUCAGAGAGCCAUUCUCGCAUUAAGACGGAGAGAGGUCAGCGGUGAGAGGCUGGUCUGGAAGGUUGCGGAUGCUCAUGAGUAAAGACAUGUACCGCAGUAUCUCAUGCCUUGGAGAAAUGGAAAGUUAUGAACUGUGUGGUGGAGGUUGGAUGUUCAGAACCAUGUCUUGAAAGGCGCUAAUGAAUGUCACACUACUGCGAAUACAGACUAGUUUCUAUGCUCCGAACGAUGGUCUCGGUGACAAUGUCUCC